AUGAAGUGCACAGAGGGCAAAAAGAAACUAACCAUUUACCUCCUGGUGCUCUACGCAUCUGUAAUCACUACUUUCAUACUCACUAACACACAGAGCUUCGACUUCAGAUUGCACCAUUGGUACAAAACAGCUUUUGCGUUAACAACCACAACGUCACCACUAAAGACAACUAAGCCCACCACCACAUCCACAACGCAGUCUAAACCUAAGUUCCAGAGGUGCAGUUACAAAUACCUCUCUCCUGCAAAUGAAGAACAAGGACGCAAACUAUUGGACUCAAUAACCUGGCCUGACACUCUGCCUCUGCCCAAACCAUUUUCACUGACUUUGACGACUAGUGCCUCUAAAAGUACGUUCACUAUUGUACCUCAAAGGGAUGGCUGGCAUAUGGGGGAUAGGCUGACAGUUUGGAUUCAAAUGAAGGAUUUUUAUGGAAACCCAAAGAGGAGCGGAGGGGACUUUGUAAUUGCCAAGCUCCAGAACCUGCAACUAGGGGCAGGUGUAGUAGGACAGGUGCAGGACCACCUCAACGGAACCUUUACUGCAGUGUUUCCUCUGCUGUGGAAUGGGACUGCGAAUGUAAAGGUGAUGCUGGUGCAAACUAGUGAGUCCAUCACUGUCUUAAAGCACCUAACAGAGGAGGAACCUGACAGGUUCACCUUCGGCAGUGACUUCAAGUCUGGAUCAGUCGAAGACACUAGCUUAUGCAACGUGUGUCUGGAUCCAAACAAAGCUCCACUGUGUAACUAUACUGACUUACACACUGGAGAGCAAUGGUUCUGCUACAAACCCAAAACACUAGGCUGUGACACUCGUAUCAGCCACUUCAGAAUCGGAUCCACCCAGAAAAUAAGCAAGGAUGAAGAAGCUCUCUUCCAAAAGGGAAUCAACUUGAAUGCCCCUAUUAUGGCCAAAGGAGAAGACACUAUCAUGAUUUUGCCAAAAGCAGGUAAGCCAUAUGUGGGGAGUCCAGGACCUUCCGGAUAUUAUUUCAACAAUCAAUGGCGAUCACUACGUGCCCCUGCAGUACGUCAGUUCAACAAUCCCUCAGUCAUUACUGCCUGCCUCAGGGGGAAACAGUUACAUCUGCUUGGAGACUCCACCAUCAGACAGUACUACGUUCACAUGAAAACAGCAUUACCAAACCUUAAGACUUUUGACAAGCACAGUUCAGAUCAAAGUGGCCCGUUUUUGGCUGUCGACUACAUCAAUGACAUUGUGGUGACUUACCGCUGCCAUGGGCCUCCCAUCCGCUUUUCAAAAGUCGCUGUGUCACAGCUGCGAUACGUGGCCAAUGAACUGGACGGCGUGACCGGUGGACCCAACACGGUGGUAGUGAUAGGUGUCUGGUCUCACUUCAGCACUUUUCCCAUGGAGGUCUACUAUCAGCGCAUCAUGACAAUUCGCAAAGCAGUUCUACGUUUGCUAAACCGAGCUCCGGACACUAAAAUCAUCAUCCGAAGUGCCAACAUGAAAGACCUGACCCUGUCCGAGAGUCUGCUCAACAGUGACUGGUACUCCCUGAAGAGAGACAAGUUGCUCCGGGCUGUUUUCAAAGAUACCAGGGUGUUUCUGUUGGAUGCCUGGGAGAUGGCGCAGGCUCAUUACCUUCCCCAUGACCUCCACCCACAACCAAAAAUCAUCAAACAAAUGAUUGACGGAAUCCUGUCCUACACAUGUCCUGGAAUAAGAGACAUACACACACCCUUCAUACACAGACGCACACACAAACACACUUUUCCUUAGUGUUACUCAAUAAAUCCUUCUGACUUUCUCUGAAUUUCAGAUUCAUGGUUCUCUUUGAUGCUUACACCAGAAACAAACAUCCUUACAGCAUGUACUGAAAAUAUAUAUUCAGAAUACAAAUUCUGAGUAGCUGUAUUAUGGUACAGUUACUUUCAUUUUGUGGUAUUCAGAAUACGGUUCCUUGCCUAAAAUCAAAGGAAAACGUGAUCACACUUCAAACUACAUGGUGAAGGAGAAUAGAGAAAACAACUCUUUUGGGUCAUCAUUGAUCAGCGAUGUUUAAAUGCAUAACAAACAGUGAAACAGACAUUUGUUAUCUUAGCUUCUUUGCACUCUAAUGAAUAAUGAUACUCAAUGUAAUUCUAUUCUAUAUAUCUAGAACACCGUACUCUGAUUGAACCAAGAAA